CAUUCUUGUAUUUUUUCUCAUUCACUCCAGCAGGACAUCUAUGAGCAGGACGCACAUUCCCUCUGUUUGAACAAGAACUUAAUACCAAAAGCAGAACAGGAUUUGGAAUAAGCUCUUCUUCUCUUUUUUCUCCUCUCUCUCUCUUUGAUCAGACAGGCUGACAGAAAAGUUGUGACAGAUUUAGAAAGCAGCAAAAAAAAAAAAAGUCCAGAGAGAGGCAGAGAGAAAGAGAGAAAGAGAGAGAGAGAGCUUUGCCCUGAAGGUUUCUGAGGAAGAAACAGGAGACAGAUAAAAAGGCAGCGAUAAUCUGAGAGAGACAGACAGAGGGAGGGAAGAGCACAGCUGUUGUGUGAAGAGAAGGGAAAAUAUAGAUAAAGAAAGCGAGGAGGUGCACCAGUGUGAAGGGCGAGGAGAAGAGACUGAAGAGCACAACCAAGGCUGCAGAGAAAAGGGGAGAUAAAUGGGAGAAUCAGAAAAUAAAAGGCAGAGAUUGAAGCAAAAUUCACGUUCAAGGUCAAGAAAGAUAUAAAGAGGAGAAAAAGUGAAGACAGAAACUCAAACAGGGACAAACAGUCAUUCAGAGAACAUCCGAUCAACAGCAAUGGACGUGCAGCAAGAGAAGAGGAAAGACUUCCUCUGAAGAAAAAAAAGGGAAGACGAAAAAAGGAGCCGCGUUUGAAGCUGUGAGGAGGAGAGGAUUUCCUCAUCAUGAUUUAUUCAGCUGAUUUACCAAAUUCAAACAACCUGCGCCAGAAGAGCAACUUCGUCCCAGGAUAGAAUGAAGAGAGGAGGAAAGAGAUACCUGCCGAGCCUGUGAUACCCUCCUGCUCCUCCUUCUCCUCCUCUUCACCUCAGACUCCUCCACCUCCCUCUCCUCCUUCCUCUCUGCCACUUUACAUCCAGCUUUAAAUUCUCCAACUUCCUCCUCCUCUGUCCUGAUAUCUCCUCUCCUCUCCUCCCUUCUCCAUCUCCUCACUAUGUGGAUACCAGCUUUGCUCCUAUGGAUGCUUAAUAUCAGCAAUUUGUGCUCAGGACAAGACUACACGGACUAUUACCAAACUGGAGACAUGGGCACAGAGGCUCCAGUGUUGUCAGAUGACCAGCCCAGUUUGGAGACAGUAACGAGUGUGGAUCAGCUAUUGCAGCUUCUGUACCCUGAAUACAGCCUGCUCCAGCACUGCCUGAGGAAGAAAACAUGGGACGCCUCCUCUUCCUCCUCAUCCCCCUCUUUUUCUACCACCUCGUCGAGCCCUUUACUCCACUCUAACAAUGACGAUCUGUGGGGUCAGCCGAGGGAGGAGCCUCUUUACAAAGCUGACGGGACUUUUCAAGUCAUACUCGAGGAGAUCCAGCGGACCUCAUGCCAGCCCAGAGAGGUGUGUGUAGAGGUCGCCAAAGAAUACCCAGAAUCCACCACUCAGUUCUACCUCCCUCGCUGUGUGGCGCUGCAUCGGUGCGGCGGAUGCUGCACCAACGAGGCCUAUUACUGCACCAACACGAGCCACUCGCUUGUAAACAAGACUUUGAUGGAACUGUCCCCUCCCAGGACGGAUCAUGUCAUGGUAGCCUUCGUCAACCACACUUCGUGCGAAUGCCUCUCCAAACGGCCGCUCCACUCCAUCAUCAGACGAGCCGCGACAGAUCACCUGUGUUCCCCUCCUGAAGUUCCCUGCUCCUCGGGAUCAUUAUGGGAUCCAGUGAAUUGUGUGUGUGUCUCUACAGAUGCUAUAAACUACUCAGAGAGAGAGACAGACACAUUGGACUCAGGUCUGCUGGCUCUCUGUGGGCCCAACAGGGUUCUGCAGGAGUCCACCUGCGAGUGCGUCUGUCGAAACGGACUCACGGAGGACAGCUGCGAUCCAGGCUGGAAACUGGACCACAACACCUGUGAAUGCCAGUGUGAAGGUCAUGGUGAGGGGAAGUGGUGUCCCACGGGCCAGCGGUGGGACGACGACCUGUGCGGCUGCGUGUGUGCCGCCGACUGCCCCGGGAAUCAGCCGCUGAACCCGGACACCUGCUUGUGUCAGUGCAGGGAGAGUCCGCAGUCGUGUCUGCGGCAGGGCAAGAAGUUCAACCGCAACACCUGCAGUUGUUACAGGUUGCCUUGCAGAAAGCCAAGACGUGUUUGCUCGGCUGGGUUUUACUACAGCCACCACGUCUGCCAGUGCAUCCCAAACUACAUGAGGCCUGAGUGGAAUUAACAGGCAGACAGUGGAGCAGGACUGCAGGCCAUUUGUUGCCCUUUGACCUGAGGCUUGAAAUUGUUUGGCCUGAAGACAAAGGAGCAGGAUGGUAGAAGUGCCUCUUGAUAGGAGGGCAGGAAGGUGCACUUACAUAUUUACUUGUAUUGGAUUACAACAAACUAAAAGCAGAGGAGUUUUUAAAACGCUGCCUGUGCUCUCACACUCUUCCAAAAAAGCUAAAUACUACAAAGGAGGAUGGGAGUGUUUCCCAGUAAGACAAAAAACUCCAGAACAGCCAUCCACAUGCAGUAAAACCAGGAAAAAAAGGAGAGAUAUUUGACUCCCUGGGACACUGUCUGUCAGUGCCCAUCUGCUGGCCUUCCUCCCACUGCUAAUUACACGAUCUUGACUGGAAACAACCAAUCACACCUGGAGACUGCCCUAAAAGCACGACAGCGAGGGCGGGAUGGACCAAUCGAACUCUCUGCUGCAACGUGUUUGAGCAAGAAAAUCUAAACCACCGACCUGCUGCAGAGGCACCGCACACGACUGUGUGUGAAAUGGAAAGUGGAAUAAGAUAAUAACAGACCAGACUUCAUGCUAUGCUACAUUGAAUAAGCUGUAAGGCAAUUUCACACUUUGGCAACAUUGAGUCAUGAGAUAUUUGAAAGGUUGAAGGAUUUAUUUAGCAGAAUUCAUGUAAUGUGAUGAUGUUGGGGCCUUAUAUUCCCUCUUUUAGUAGAGGUAGAAAUGGUGACAGUAUCUUUCGAUGGUCCACUGAUAGCACCAGAGUCUAGAUUUAAAUGUUGGUGAACAGAUUGUGUCCGUUGCGUCUAUACUGAAAGAGAUGGAAUCUCUUAUUGCAGAUAAAAUGUGUAUUUACAUAAAAGUCUUAGCUGGUACAACCUCAUUUUUCUGAGAGCAGAGGUUUAAUGCCAGAUUCUGUUUAAUUAAAUGCUAAUUUAAACUCUCCCAACAGUUAUUAUAUCUACCAGUUUCUACUUGCCUCUACUGCAGUGCUGCUCUUUGAAGAUUUCCCUCAUACAUGGCUGAAUCCAAUCACAAUGGAUGUUAACACUUGGGUACAGUUCUAGGUCUUCUACUAAUUUAACUUUACACAUUCUAUGUAAUAUAUUUUUGUAAAUAUUUAGAUCUUUGUCAUAUUUAAAACAGUGAUUUUUUUUGAAGAUGGAAUCGUGUAGUUGUAAAAUACUGUAUUUAAGUUACUAUCAUAACUAAAUAUUGUUUUGGAAUGAAACUAUUUACAUGUCUUUGUACUCUAGCUGUCUUAAUUAUUAUGGAGAAAUUGAAUUAUGUUUUUAAUUGUCCAUUUUGCCUGCACUGUAAAAUAUUCAUUUUAACAGGUCAUUUAGACACCAUAGAUUCUAAACAUUAUGAACUUCUGGCUCAAAAAUACACUAAAUGUUAAGAUGAAGAUUUGCUGCAGUGUAGAAAUGAUUGUAGUGUAGUAUGACUGUAAUAUUUAAAGUAGUUUUGAAGUAUUGAUUAAAAGCCUUGUCAAACUGA